CAGCUGCUUGUUACUUCAUCGGCGAUUUCGGUGUGCAAGUUGAAAAACACAAUUUACUCCGUUAAUUUACAAUGACAUCCCAGUACCUGAGCCAGCUAAUAACGGCCGACAAAUUGUCCGCCGAGCCCUGGCCCGAAGACGCCACCCUCUACCAGCCGUAUGAAGCGGAACAGAUCCUACUGCCGGAAAACGCCAGUUGCCUUGCUGUGAAGGCUUACCUGAAGAUGUGCAACCUCCCCUUUUUGAUUCGGUCCUGUGCCAACGCGGAGCACAUGUCGCCGGGCGGCAGGAUGACCAAGUUGCCCUUCAUCCGCGCAGGAGCAUUCAUCUUUGCCGAAUUCGAGCCGAUCGUGAACUUUGUGGAGCAGAAGGAACUGGCCAUUGGCAGCUGGCAGGACGAGGACGAGAAGGCCGACAUGCGCACCUAUGUGUCGCUGGUGGAGAACAUCUUCACCAUGGCUGAGCUGUACAUUAGCUUCAAGAACGAACGCGUCUACAAAGAGGUCACAGCGCCCAGGAACGGAGUCGUUUUUCCCUGGCCCCUCAAUCACAUGCAGAACUAUGGAAAGCGGCGGAACGCGCUGCGUCUGUUGAAGGUCUAUCAGUGGGACGACCUGGACAUCGAUAGCGUCAUUGACAAGGUGGCCAAGUGCUGUGAGACGCUCGAAUACAAGCUGAAAGAGUCGCCGGAAACGCCAUUCUUCUACGGCGAUCAGCCCUGCGAACUGGACGCCAUCGCCUUCGGCCACCUCUUCAGCAUUCUGACCACCACGCUGCCGAACAUGGCGCUGGCCCAAACGGUGCAGAAGUUCCAGCACUUGGUCGAGUUCUGUCGCUUCGUCGAUGAGAAGUACUUUCAGACGAGGUGCCUACCAAAUUAGUUAUACGUAGUCGUUGCCUUAAAUGCUUAUCAAUUAAGUUGCUCUUGUCCUUUCUUUUUAACCGCUUAUAUAUGCAAUUCUAAAUGCCCUUAAAACAAAUCGUCGCCGUAAGUCACAAUUAUUUUGCUACUAGCAUUUAAAAAAAAAAGUUGUUCUAGUGAUUUUGCUGCCAUUAAUGUCCAAAAAUCCAUGUGAAUAUCAUUUGCACAAGUGACUCAAUCUGCAAGUUUGUUUAAAUGGAAUUCUAAAAUACUUCUAACGAUCUUUACUUCAUUUAUUUUGCAGCAAAUAACUUUUCUGCUAAUAAAAUUGUGUAAGUAUUUGCUAUAAUACAUCAAAUAAAUUGUUUUCUUAGCAAACC